AGCUUUGAAAGCAGAUAAGACGCUGUGGGAAGUAGAAUGUCAGAAGAUAUCAAAGAAAUUGAAAAAGAAAUAGAAAUUGAAUUAAGAAAAAUCAGUGUUUCUUCCUUUGAAGCAGAUGAUCCUGACACAGAGGUGUCAGAUGAACCUUUGAGUGACAGUGAAACAAUUUCAGAUGACUUGCCAGAAUCAAUUCUCUCCUAUUUAAACUUUAAAAAGAGUGGAAAUCAAAAUGCUGAAAAGCUUAUACUGCAAGACUUAGAAGAUGAAGAAACUACAAGUAACACUUGUGGAGUAGUUUCUUGCCAUGCUUCAGAUUACUUGGCAGAAUUGACUUCUGAAUAUAAUGAAGAUCCACAACAAUUUAAAAAAAGGGUACUAUUUGAAAUGGAAAAUGAAGACUUGCACGUUGCUGCAAUGGCUAGUUCUAAUAGUCAGUCCACCAGUGAUGAAGUGAUCAUUGAUGACCAUUUUGUUACAGCUGAUGUUGAAAUGAGCAUAAGCCUUACUCAUCGUGAAGUAGAAGAAAAGUGUAGACAAGAAUUUGAGCAGUGGGAGAAAAGACAAAAGGAGGUUGAAGAUGAAAAGAGAAAGAAGUGGAAAGCUGAGAGGGAAGCACAGAAAAAACAGGAUGAAGAGGAACAUGCAAGAAGGGUGCAGCGUCUGGAGGAAUUUGAGGCCGAAAGAAAGAAGCUAGAGCUUCUUCAUAAGAAACACCAAACUGCAAUAAAAGAUGAAUUACAGAAAGAAAAGAAAGCUUGGAGAGAAAAAAUGGUGCAACAUGAGGAAUUGAUCAUAAAGCUGCAGUUGCAAAUGGAAGAGGAGAAAAAGGUCUUGGAAGAGCAGAAAGAAAAAGAAAGACAACACUUGGCAGAAAAACAGAACACAGCAGCUGUGAAAAUCCAAGCUAGAUUUAGAUCAUUUUUAGUCCGUAAAAAAUAUGCUCCCAUUUUAAAAGAAUGGAAAGAGGAAAUAAAAAAGAAGCAGAAAAUAGUAGAAGAAAUAGAGAGAGAGAUGAAAGAAAGUGAGGAAAAGGUGAAGAGGCAUAUGGAAGAAAAUAGGCAAAAGAAAGAAGAGGAAAAAAAGAGACAAGAAGAACUUGAAAGACAGGAAUGUUUAAAACAAGCUAGGAGGCAUGAGGAAUAUAAGAGAAAGAAAGAAAUCCCGAGACUUGAAAAACAACUGCAAAUAGAAGAACAGAGGAAACUAGGAGAAACAAGAACAAAAGCUGAGAUGAGUGAAAGUGGAGAAGACAACAAAGAAAAUAUAAAAAAGGAUAAGCAGACAGAAAAUAUAAAAGUAAUAAAAGAACAAAAGGAGGAACUAAAUAAGCAAGUAAAGAAACCAAAAGUAAAACAGACUGAAAUGAUGGAUGAAACAAAUAAUUGGAUGAUUCCAGGAGAACAAAAUUUGACACCAACACCAAAUAUGCUACGGUCUGAGAAGGAACACACUUCUCAAGUAAAUAAUGAGAACAUAUACAUGGAUUCAGUAACACAUGUAAAAGAAAAUUACUGCCAAACCAGAGAUCUUAAUAAAGCUCCAAAUAGUCAUACUUCAAAGGAUGAAUCUGUUAAUUGUGGAGUUAAUGACAUGGUAGAAAAUAAGGCAAAUAUAUGCAGCAGCCCACCAAAUUUCCAGCCAAAUGCUAGUAACAGAGAAGUCAAAGAUCAAUUUUCUCAGUCUGAAACAAUGAAGAAAUCUGUGUUUCUAAUGGAAGGUGCUAACAAGGAAGCUGGAGAGACCUGGGACAGAAUUCAAGAUUUAGCUGAGUCUUCCAGUAGAGUAAUUCUUCCUGAUGAUAUUGAAAAGAAGAGAAUAAACUGGAUGAACACAUGUAAGUCUUGGUCUAAAACAUAUGAAGAAAACCAAAGAAAGCAAGCAGCUAUAACAAAACGACCAAGGAAAAGUUCAGUUAGCAAGAUGCCUCCAUUAAGUGCACAAAGGAUAAUUCAUAGUGGCCCUUGGAGUACUUUGCAGCAGAUCACAACACUUACACUCGAAGAUUUGCCAGCUUGUAGCCUCUCAACAUUAUCCGUGUGUUCAAAUCUUCAAGUUUUGACUCUGAGGCGCUGUGGACUAGUUGCGCUGGAAGGAUUAAGUAGCUGCAAAGACCUGAAGUAUAUCAAUGUGGAGGAAAACAACAUUCAGAUAAUUGACUGUGAAAAUCUAGAAAAUCUCUGUAUUCUGAUUCUGAAUAAGAACCAUCUUUCAUCAGUUUGUGGCUUAGAUGGCUGCAUAAAUCUCCAAAAUCUUGAACUUUCCUACAAUAGAAUCACUCGGAUUGGUGGUCUGGAGUCACUGAAAAACCUUCAGCAAUUAAUUGUGGACCAUAAUCAGUUAAUCAGCACCAAAGGUCUUUGUGAGGCACCUACUCUCAUUCACCUAGACUGCUCUUUUAAUCAUCUCACACAAGUUGAAGGCAUUGAGAAUUGUGGCCUACUUCAAAUUCUGAAGUUGCAAGGCAAUAACCUCCAGGAGCUUCCAAGACUGGAAAAUCAUGUUCUACUAAGAGAGCUUUAUUUGGACGACAAUAGCAUUUCUGCUAUGAGAAUGCUUUCUUUGUAUUGGUUGCCUCUAUUGCAGAUUCUUUUACUGUCUCAAAAUAG